AUGUCAAAUUAUAUUCCCGAAUAUUUCUUAGCUGAUAAACCAUCUAAUGGAGAUUCUUUAAACGAUGACUCGAAAUUCAUUUUGAACACUCCUUUAACAUGGGAAUUGAUUGAAAAGAAUUUGAAGAAAUCUCUCAAUACAUCUUCGACUUUUGGGCAGAAAAAAACUGCUGUAAAAUGCGGAGAUGGAGGGGGAUUUGUCUCAUCGGUCAUUUUGUUGACUUUUGAUUGGACUCCAAAUUCGGUCGAACUCCCAGAGAAAGCCAUAUUGAAGGUAACAACCAGCGACUCCGUUGCGGGAAUUAGAAGAACUCUGAAACAGGGACAAGACGAAAAGCAAUUAUUGCUCGAGAAAGCGGCUCAGAUUCACGACAACGAAUUCUUUAUCUACUCAAAAGCCGACCAAGACUGGGAAUUUCCCUCAGAAAUCGGGAUGCCAAAGUUCUAUUGUGGAAUUUCAUUUGAUAAAGUCGACUUGAAAGCAGGCUAUUUCUUGGUUGAAUACAUUCCGGACGUGAUCUUUGUUCAAUAUUAUCAUAACUUGAGUGUCUCAUCAGUGAAAAAAGCCGUCAAAAUGAUUGCUCGAUUGACAGCACAUGUAAUCUCAAAUCAACGAAUUGUUCAAGAACACGAGGAAACGACAAGUCCGGGAGCUGUUGCUUAUUUGGAAGGAGCUUACAAUGUGCAGACUUGUCACAACAAUCUCCUCAACAUGGCCGAAAAGUUUCCGAAACUCAAAAAAGCCGCCGAUCUUCUAGAAAAUCUCGUCCCAAUCGCUGCGGAUUUUGAGAAGAGAUUGAAAGAAUGCCUAAAAUAUUGCUCAUAUCCAUCACUCACUCAUUUCGAUUGUCAUUUGGGGAAUUUCCUAUGGAUUUUAAAUGGAAAUGAGCUGAGCCCAAGAGCGAUCAUCGAUUGGCAAACUUCCCAUACCGAUAAUCCAUUGGUGGAUCUCGUGAGAAUCACUUUCACCUCAUUGUCGAAAACGGAUUUCAAUGAAAAUAUCUAUUCUCUCAUCAAAAUCUACUAUGAUACUUUGAAGAAAUACUCGAUUGAAAAAUUGCCUUGGGAAAGUUAUGAUGAGUUUGUGCGCUCCUUUGAGCACGUUUUCCCAUUGGUGGCAACAAGAAUGGCGCCACUUUUUGCUUUGGAUCAAUUCAUUUCGAUGAUUUUGACAAAAGUCCCAGUUGAUGAACAUCCAAAGGCUGCAAAGAAUAUCCAUGAGAAAAUGGAAGCGGCAAUCGAAUUCGCUGUGAAAUGCGUUCAAAAAUGGGAGAUUCGCUUU